AUGGGCGAUCAAGAUGCCCUCAUAGCUGCAAUGGAAAACAUUGAUGUUGUUAUCUCGCUGGUCGGCCACGAGGGAAUACAGCCACAGUAUGACUUGAUUGAUGCCAUCACACAUACCAAUGUCAAGCUCUUUAUACCAUCCGAUCUAGCUUACCGCAGCGAAGAGCCAGACUUGCGGGUCCGUGUGAGGGAGGCCAAGGAUAAAAUCGAACAAGCGGCCAGAGACGCGGGCAUUCCAACAACUGUUAUCCUUCCAGGAAACCUCGUCGAGUCAUCGGUUGCCGUCGGGCGCGAGUCACCCAUGAUGCAAUUCUCUGAGGCUUUCGGCAUCGACCCGUGGCUGGUUUCAGGCUGCCUAGCAGCCAUUUCUCUAGAAACAGACCAAAAUUCCCAGGAGAGUCCGCGAGAAAAUAAAUAG